AUUAGUUACCGGGUCAUCAUAACCGUCCCACCAUAGAUGGUCACACAAGGUAACUUACGAAGAUCGUGAAGUAUACAGGAGUAAUCGGUUUUCGUUCGUAUUUCUUCUACGGACUUCGUGAAUUAGCCGAUCAUUGCAGAGCACGGAAAGAGACUUUUGUUUUAUGUUCAACAUCACCACCAGUUUGGCUGAUUUAAAUGAAGUAGUUGUGACAGCAUGGAGGAAGGAAGGAUGACAGGGAAGUAAUAAUAGUACAACAGCAUCUGGUGCUUACUACUAUAAACUGGCCGAAACGUUGGAUGAUAAUGUGAAAUUUUACGCCAAACCUAACAUACUCAUUUGCAAGUAGACUGGCUCAGCAUUGCCCUGGGUUACGUUGGCUAUGAGUGAUCGACCAUUAUGCAGGGUCGUGUAUAGAGUGACAUGAUUACGAAGUUUCUUCGUCGUUUGUUUGAUGCAAAGUUUUAUGAAUGCACAGAUUUAUGUAUGCAAUGUUUUAUGUGUACAAGGUGAAAGUUGUAUUUUCUCCGUCAGCUAUAUUUAUUUCACAACACUGUUGUUUUUCGUAUGGUGUAAAAAUACACAGUGACCACAUGAAGCUUACUAGUUGCAGUUCAUCAAUGACGGAAACGUAAAACAACUGGUAAACCAUCAUGUGGCAGACGACACCCCAAAGAAUGUGUCUCGUUUUGUUGGCCAUCUUGACUGUUGGACAAUGGACAAACUGGUACUCAGCGUCAGCUCAAAAAAUUAUCCCAGUUGAGUUGCAGACAGAGUAUGUGAGGUCACAAAUAAGGAUGCACUUCUGUGCCGAUGGCGGGGAUAGAUGCUUGCCUAGUGGAGACCUACAGUCUAUUUGCUGUGGAAUUAAUACACACCAAUGUUUCGAAGACAUAGAACAUCCCAUGUGUAUGGAAGCUGACCAAGUUUAUGUUUGCGGUUAUCGAGAUGCCAUCGUGUGUCGGUAUCAGGACAGUAGAGGUUCAUGCAUUUACUCCAACUCGUCCUCUAUUCAACCUCUUUGCUCGUGUAAUGAAAAUGGCAGCUGGCCAACCUCUGGUGCACAGGCGUCUCAAAUCAGAGGAAGCUGCAUGGACAAUGCAACCACAACGGGUUUGCCGGGCUCGUCACCAGGGCCGCCAACAGCAACAACCUCGUCAGUGAGUGACCGGACAACAAAAAUCUCGCCAAUGGGUGACCAAACAACAGCAACCCUGCCAAUGGGUGACCAGACAACCGCAUAUAACUCGCCAAUAAGUGACCAUCAGACAGCACCAACCUCUUCAACACGUGACCAGCCAAGUGGAACCACAUUUCCCCGAAAGUCAGACAGUGGAGGGACCAAUACAAUAGCCAUUGUUUUAGGAGCCAUUUUGGUCAUUGUUCUCCUGGUCCUAUUGGUGGUGUGUUUAGUGAGGCGUAGAAGAAACAAGUCAACACCGAAGAAAGUAACAACGAAUGCCACAAAUUCUUCUGAUGUCAGUUUGGCUGAGAGAGCCCAGAUCCCAGAUCCACUCGGCGGCACGGAAUACAAUUACGCAUACGAUCACCGGCCUGAGGGAAACCCAGCAUUUGACCCGGGGACAUCCAAGCCUGUGAAUCGCUACGAAGAAAACGAGCCAAGUGGAAGCUCGUCGACUACCGCAAGGAACAGUUCAGAAACCCACGAGGUUCCUAAAUACUACGAACUUGGGCAGUCAAAUGACGGUCGGGCGGGCGAGGAGACCCCUAAAUAUUAUGAAUUAGGGCAAGCAAGCAAUGACGUGACUGGUGGUAAGCUCACCCAAGCCCCUAAAUAUUAUGAAUUAGGGCAAGUAAGCAAUGCAGUGACUCGUGGUAAGACCACACAAGUCCCUAAAUAUGAUGGAGUAAGGAGAACACCACACUCAGAGCAAAGAAACGCAGAGAAGACCCCAAAAGGUCAUAAUUUUGAACUUGCGCCAUUAGGUUACGACCCAGUUGGUGUUAAGACUCCCCAAGCCCAUAGAUAUGAUGAAGUCCAGAAAAGACCUCCCAAAGAGCAAAGUAGCUACGAGCAGACCCCCCAAGAUCAUAAUUAUUUUAAACUGGAGCGUUCACAAGACAACGAUAACGAAACAGUUUUGGAUGAAGCUGCGAACCCUCCCCCAGUGGGCUUUCCAAACCAGGGAAACGAUCAUUCCUAUAUGCCAUUGCAGCUAAACGCGGUAUCUGGAUACGAGCCUCUUAAAUUGCCAGCCUUGGCUGCAAGGAGAAAUGAUUCCUCGUCCCCAUACGAUCAUCUUAACAACAAGACUGGUAUCCGAUCGCAGAAGGUUGAGCCACCAGAGAGCGAGGAUGGCGACCAAUAUGCAAGUUUGAAUAUCUAAAAAUGGGGACUGAUUUAAAACCACCUAUUACAGUCACUGGACAUAAUACUAAAAAUAAUUUGUAGAAGCAUACAAUCUUACUCGGUAACGAGUAAUGGGGAGCUGUUGAUAGUAAAA